AUGCCUUCAGCCCAACCCGAAGAACAAGACCAAUCCAUGGUCGAUGUCGAUGUCGUCGACGAAGUGCCAGAAGAGGAAAUCGACGAGGACAAGGAAAUCGAAAUCGAAGAGAACAGAGUGACUGUUCUAUCCGGUGCCACCGAAACAGCAGCGUCGUUUCAAUUCAAAGAUGAGGGUCAUACGCUUGGGAAUGCUCUCCGAUAUGUGAUUAUGAAAAACCCCGCUGUCGAAUUCUGCGGCUACACAAUUCCACACCCUUCAGAAGCAAAAAUGAACCUCCGCAUUCAGACAUAUGAAAACACCACCGCCGUGGAAGCUCUCGAAAAAGGCCUCGAUGAUCUGAUGGACCUGUGCGACGUCGUCACCGACAAAUUCACCAUCGCUCGCGAUAAUUUUAAUGCUACAAAGGCUGAUCAGAUGGCUGUUUGA